AUGCGCAGGCGCGGCCGACAGACCUACACGCGCUAUCAAACUCUGGAACUGGAGAAGGAAUUCCACACGAACCACUAUCUCACCAGGCGGAGGCGAAUCGAGAUGGCACACGCGCUUUGCCUGACAGAACGGCAAAUCAAGAUUUGGUUCCAGAAUCGGCGAAUGAAGUUGAAGAAGGAGAUUCAGGCGAUCAAAGAGCUAAACGAGCAGGAGAAGCAAGCGCAGGCGCAAAAGGCGGCAGCGGCAGCGGCAGCGGUUGCGCAUCAGCAGCAAGGAGGCGGUGGGGGACCAGAAGGGGGCAACUAG